UCUAGCUAGUCUCUAUCUUUCUGCAUGUCUUUACCACAAUAUAACGAAGCUCUAUCUAGUCCCCAUAUAUAUAUAUGCAACGACACGCUAUAAAUUUAUGAAACACCACCAAUGAGUAGCUAGAUCUCGGUGGAAAAAUAAAAUAAAAUAAAAGAAAGAAAGAAAGAAAGAAAGAAAAGUAGGUAAGCAAGUGAUCAUGGAGAUGAACAGAAGGAGAUCAAGAGGGUUCAUGAUAGCUAAGCUAAUGCCCUUUUGCAAAUCUGUGAAACAUCUUACUCCUUCCCAAGACCUUUAUAACAACGUUCAUUACACUUCGUCCACUACGACUUCCUACGCUCCUCAACCUGAUACCAAUAACUACGUAACUACCACUACACCUCUCCCUCCAAAAGUUAGCUUCCUCCUUCAACCAUCCUUGGCUCCUGAGGGUAAGGAUAUGGAAAAGAAGCUGAACGCGAUGGCAGAUAAGCUGAUCGGUAGGGGGAUUAAUGGAGUGGACGAGUGCGUUGACGCUAGAGCCGCUUCCUAUAUAUCUUCGGUUCGAGAAAGGUUUAAGCUGGACCAUUGAGAAAGACUGACGACUGCUAUUAACUUAGAUGAUGAAGAUUGACCAUGCAUUAGGAUUUAGGUGGGGUUAACCUAUAUAUAUAUGAUGAGUAAGUCAUAAUUGUUUUA